AUGGUCGAAACAAUCAAAAUUGAAACAACAACAAUACCAAUAACAACAACAGCCACACUCAUUCUCCUCAUCCUACCUCUUCUUCCUCUACCUCCGCCUAUUCUUCUGCCUAUUCUUCUCCUUCGUCACCUUCAUCUCCAUCUCCUUCCGUCGCCCCACGCGUUGUCACCAGACUGGCAGGGUGAGCCCGCUCACUCUGGCAGCCUGGAAUGUUCGUUCCCUUUUAGACAAUCCGAGGAGCAACCGACCGGAAUGGAAGACGGCGCUAGUGGCACGAGAACUGGCGCGCUACAAGGUGGACAUCGCCGCACUCAGCGAGACCCGAUUCUCCAAACAAGGCCAACUGGAGGAGGUGCGUGACGGCUACACCUUCUUCUGGAGCGGUCGACCCAGGACAGAGCAACGAAACGCGGGUGUCGCCUUCGCCAUUCGGAACGACAUCGUGGGACGACUGUACUGUUUGCCGCAGGGCAUCAACAAUCGCCUGAUGAGCCUCCGCGUGCCUCUCUGGGGAGGCAAAUUCGCCACCAUUAUCAGCGCCUACGCUCCGACGAUGACCAACCCCGACGCCGUCAGAGACAAAUUCUACGAGGACCUGCACGCCCUCUUGGCGACUGUGUCGAAGGCGGACAAGUUGAUUGUCCUUGGCGACUUCAACGCCCGCGUCGGCACAGACUAUACUGCCUGGAGAGAAGUGCUGGGUCCCCACGGUCUCCGCGGCUCAAACGACAAUGGUCUGCUGCUUCUCCGCACCUGCGCAGAACACCGCCUCAUCCUGACGAACACGUUCUUCUGUCUGCCGAAGGGAGAGAAGGCCACCUGGAGGCAUCCGCGGUCGCGCCAGUGGCACCUGCUGGACUAUGUCCUCGUCCGGAGGCGAGAUCAGCGGGACGUGCUGGUGACGAAGGCGAUCGCGGGUGCUGACGGGUGGACCGACCAUCGCCUCGUCAUCUCGAAGAUGCGUAUUCGCCUACAGCCUCGCAGGAGACCACAAGGUAAGCGACCCCCAGGUAAGCUGAAUGUUGCCUUGUUGUCUUUGCACGCUCACCCUCUUCAUUUCAGCAAUUAGCUAGCUCAAAGGCUAGACAACUUUCCUAUCGCUGCCGACGCCGCCGCUGCCGAGAACGCCUCCGUGGAGAACCGCUGGUGUCAAUUGCGAGACACGGUCCAGUCGACGGCGCUCGCCGUCCGCGGUCGCGCUCCCCGCCAACACCAGGACUGGUUCGACGACAACGACGCCGCCAUCAGAAGAACCGCCUACACAAAGCCUACGUAGAUCACCCCACUGAUGCCACCAAAGCUGCCUUCUACCACAGUCGCCGCCAACUUCAGCAAGGACUGCGCGAGAUGCAGGACACCUGGAUUGCUCGCAAAGCUGAGGAGAUCCAAGCGUACGCGAACCGCAACGAAUGGAAGAACUUCUUCUCUGCGAUCAAAGCUGUCUACGGUCCGCCGACAAAGGGCACUGCUCCUCUCCUCAGCGCCGACGGCAACACUCUCCUGACUGAGAAGACGCAAAUCCUGCAGCGAUGGGCCGAGCAUUUCCGAGGCGUCCUCAACCGCCCUUCCGUCAUCUCCGACGCCGCCAUCGAGCGUUUACCGCAAGUGGAGACCAACGUUAACGUCGACUUCCCGCCAUCUCUCCAGGAGAACAUCAGGGCCGUGCAGCAGCACUCCAGCGGGAAAGCACCCGGAUCGGACGCAACCCCUGCUGAGGUCUACAUGCACGGAGGUCCCCAACUGAUGGAUCACCUGACUGCGCUCUUCCAGGAGAUGUGGCGUCAAGGUGAAGUCCCGCAAGAUUUCAAAGACGCAACUAUCGUGCAUCUCUACAAGCGCAAAGGGAAUCGCCAAGUCUGCGACAAUCACCGCGGCAUCUCCCUGCUGAACAUCCCCGGGAAGAUCUUCGAACGAAUCCUCCUCAACCGCCUCAAUAAUCAUCUGGAACAGGGCCUUCUGCCGCAAAGCCAAUGCGGCUUCCGUCGUCAUCGUGGGACCACGGAUAGGAUCUUCGCCGCCCGUCAACUUCAGGAGAAGUGUCAGGAGAUUCGGUCCCACCUGUACUCUUCCCUCGUGGACCUGACGAAAGCCUUCGACACGGUGAAUCGUGAAGGACUGCGGAAGAUCAUGCAGAAAUUAGGCUGUUCGGAGCGAUUCACUCAGAUGGUGCGUCAGCUGCACGACGGUAUGAUGGCGCGAGUCACGGACAACGGAGCUGUCUCAGAGGCGUUCGCAGUGACCAACGGAGUGAAGCAGGGCUGUGUGCUGGCGCCUACCCUCUUCAGUCUUAUGUUCUCUGCCAUGCUGAUGGACGCCUACCGCGACGAACGUCCCGGGAUCCGCAUCGCCUACAGGACGGACGGUCACCUGCUGAAUCAACGGCGCACGAACUUCCAAUCGCGCGUAUCCACAACCACCGUUCACGAACUCCUCUUCGCCGACGACUGCGCCCUAAACACCACCUCGGAAGAGGAGAUGCGAUGGAUCAUGGACCUGUUCUCCGCCGCCUGCGAGAACUUCGGUCUGGUCAUUAACACGCAGAAGACGGUGGUGAUGCACCAACCGCCACCCAACUCAGCCACAGCCCCCAACGCGCCGCCGCAAAUCAGCGUGAACGGAACCCAACUGCAGGUGGUGGAGAACUUCCCGUACCUGGGCAGUACUCUCUCCCGCAACACCAAGAUCGACGACGAAGUCGCCAACAGGAUCUCGAAAGCCAGUCAAGCCUUCGGUCGCCUCCAAAGCACAGUUUGGAAUCGUCAUGGUCUCCAACUGAGCACGAAGCUGAAGAUGUACAAGGCCGUCAUCCUGCCAACACUACUGUAUGGAGGGGAGACUUGGACGGUUUACGCAAAGCAGGCACGUCGUCUGAACCACUUCCACCUCAGAUGUCUUCGUCGCAUCCUGAGGCUGAACUGGCAGGAUCGAAUCCCCGACACUGAUGUGCUGGAACGAACGGGAAUCCUCAGCAUCUACGCCAUACUGUGGCAAAUUCAGCUGCGCUGGAGCGGCAACCUGGUGCGCAUGGACGACAAGCGACUACCCAAACGACUCUUCUACGGAGACGUCGCGACGGGUCCUCGCCGUCAAGGAGGCCAGAUUCGCCGUUACAAGGAUACACUGAAGUCCUCCCUGAAACGCCUGCAAAUCAACCACACCAACUGGGAGGAGCUCGCACUCGAUCGACCGACCUGGAGGAGGACAGUGAAGACAGGCGCUGCGAUCUACGAAGCCAACCGCAUCGCUGCCGCCAAAGCGAAACUUGAAGCCCGCAAAUCACAACUUCGCCCAGUAAGCAACGCCGCCGCACAACCGCUUCCAACGUGUCCUUGAUGUCAACGGACAUUCCGGGCUCGAAUCGGACUUGUUGGACAUCUUCGGAUUAACUGCGCCUCUCGAACGGCGCCAACCAUCGUCCCCUCGCCUGCUUCUUCCUCCUCCCCUCCGCCGCCAACUAACCCUGACAAUUCUUCUGACCUACCACUUACAUCCUCCCCCUCCUCCUCCUCCUCCUCCCCCUCCUCCUCCUCUUCUUCCUCCUCCUCCUCCUCCUCCUUCUUCUUCUUCUUCUUCUUCUUCUUCUCCUCGUCCACUGCUCCAACGGCGGCCGCUCAGGCGACUGUCCCGCGCACAGCAACCGACACUACCACCACCUCCCCCGACUCCAGGUAUGAGGAUCAGAACUACACCUGCCCUCACUGCGACCGUCCCUUCACCUCACACAUCGGCCUGGUCGGUCACUUGCGAAUCCAUCGCACAGAGACUGGCGAACCAGUGCCUGGAGAACCAACCUACGCCCACCGCACUCGCCUCCACUGCCCACACUGCCCUCGCACCUUCACGCAUCGCAUGGGCCUUUUCGGCCACAUGCGUAUCCACGAGAGCGGCCUUGACCGCACCCCCGACACACCCACCACGUCCAACAUAUCUACCGUGCACACCCCCACCCUCGCUCCAUCCGUCUGCGCCACCACCACCGUCACCUCCUCCUCUGUAGCUGACACUCACACCGCCGACUUCUCAUGCCCACACUGUCCACGCACAUUCACCUCACGCAUCGGCCUGGUCGGUCACUUGCGAAUCCAUCGCACAGAGACUGGCGAAUCAGUGCCUGGAGCACCCACCUAUACCCACCAAGCUCGUCUCAACUGCCCACACUGCCCUCGCACUUUCAGGCAUCGUAUGGGCCUAUUCGGCCACAUGCGCAUCCACGACGACCUGCGGUAGACAACCGCCAGCCACACCACACAUUCACUCUCUCCCUACCUCCUCCACCACCACCAUCACCCCACCAGAAACCAACACUCACACACCUCAUGCACCCAACUGCCAGCUCCCACGCAAGUGGGAAGUCCGCAUCUCGACUCGGUCCCCAUGCGACUUCGGCUGCACGGGUGACUUGAGUCCGAACCUAUCCCGACACGUCAAGCGUCGUGGAUAGGAAGGUUGCUGAUUGACGCCCGCUCUCGGUUCACGCAGUUCGUCGCGUUGUGUGUGUGUGUGUUGUAUGGAGUGGCGGACUGGUGAGCUGGGAACGGGCUGAAACAGCACCUUCCACGGCACUCUCACGCAAGUGAGUGACACGCCGUUCAACCCCCGCUGUGUGAAAUCCUGGUGUUGUGUGUCUGAGUGGCCAGGUCGUGCCGUGGCGCGCGCAGUCAUAAUCAGUCGACCAUGACAGCCACCGCGCCCAUUCCCCACUCCAGUCUGCUGACCGCCUCGGACAGCGGCUGGGGUGUGGGAGUGGGAAGGGAGAGUGAGGUGGACGACUCAGCGCACUGUCUCCUCACUAUAAACAAUCUGACGCGCUUGAAGCUAUCAUGGUGCGCUAAAAGCCGUGGCUUGGAAUGUUGCCAACUGACGGGGUAACUUGGACCUCCUCCUUGACCGGAGGCGGUCUGAGAUUCAGGCUGCAAUGGCUCCUUUUUAAUGUGGCCUUUAUGGCACUCCCAUCACAGUGUGGGAUCCGAGCCAGGCGUUGGCGGCACGCCCAGGUGCGGCUUCGGUCGUGCCAGCCUCCAAAUCUCUGUCGCGUUGGUUGAAAUCCUGGUUAUUUGUUAUGUUGUCCAGGGGGUGUGGUGGAACGCCAAGGUGAGGAUCCGUCCGAGCCAUCCACCUGCGGCCUCUCUCGUCUCCGGUCUUCUUGACUCUGUCUUGACACCGGGCUCGGGCGAGAGAGGAGGAGAGAGUGUAGGUAGAUGCUACGCAAGUCUACCGGCACUAUAAACCCCUGCGUAAAUCACCGUCCCUGCUCCCAUUGCUGCUGCAACUGUGGGGCACACGGUGGACAUAAUCGAAACCGAUGGUCGAACUGUCAAUCACCACGUGGAGUAACAACCUCUCUCUCCCAAAUGAUUCUAUUUGGUUUGGCAGCCUGUAAUGCCGCAUUCUUUUAGACAAUUUCUGACCAUCCGAGUUGUAAGAAGAAUUGCCGUGGUUGCCAGUGAACUGGGUGGUUUCAAUAUGUCACAACAGGCAGAAACCGUCCACAGGGCAUGAACGAUCGAUUGGGGGUAGUUGCGGGCUGCAAUUUCCUUUAGAGCGGCCGUCAUCAGGACGGGGUUUGUAAUUCUGAAGUCACUUGAGCCAUUAGAAACCAGCUCUUAAGGAAGCCGACUUUCCGCACUCACGGAAUCAGCGACGGCCUCAUCCUAAUGCGCUGCCAACUCUGCCGGGAGCAAAUGGCUGCCAAGGUUAUCGUCUAUGACCCAACAACCCAAUCAGUGACAACGUGAAGAACGAUUUCUACGAAAGCCUUCCAUCUUUCCUUGCGCUCGUGUUGAAAUCGACCAAACUUAUUGCUGUUGACGAUAUGAACGCACAAUUGAGGGUUGACUGCCUCAGCUGGAAGGAAGCACUUUGCCAUCACGGACUAGGCCAUGGCAAGGCUAACGAGCCACUUCCAUUGAGAACACAGCCUUGGCGAGCUGCGAUGGAUCGACGACAUGAAGGUUCUCAAAUAACCAGUCAGGAAAGAAAGACUACUUAGGACAGGAAGCGGACCAGCUGGUGUUUGAAGCAAGUCAUCUGUCGGGCAAAACCUUUUCUGAAUCUGUUAAGGGCAAUUUUUGGACCCCUUCUGUCAUGUAAAUUUAAACAGUUUUUCCCUGAAUAGGACGACUUAGGCAUCCCAGGUAACUGCUGAAUGCCACUACGCGUCACGACUGUUGAGAGGAUAGGACCGAUUUAGCCUAGGUCGUCUUCAGAUAGUAAAACGCAAGGCGAUUUGGGGGCAUUGACGGGUCACGCAUCAAACAAAGUGCGCCAUAUAAGGAGAUCUGUGCGCAUGACUUCCCAGUCACUGAAGAUGGGUAGACUAAGUAACUACUCCGAACGUCAGACCUCCACAAAAAACCCUCCCAGUGAACGCCUCCUCUUCUUUUGAGAGCAUUGUGUUUUGUGAUGAACUCCUAGGAAUUAGUUGUCAAAGCAGGUUAGCAGCCGGACCUUCGAUGAGCAUUUGGUGUUCGCCGUAUUGACUGAGGACAUGCCCGCAUCAGCUUUGGCACUGAUUGGGCGGUUUCGAUAGUUUUUAUUUCCUAAACACAAGCCGACCAGCAGGCAUUUGCAGCGAGUCGUGUCACCAGGCGGGUAUCAGCCGUUGAAGUUUACUUUAGUCUCAGAACUGGGUUCUCGCGAACGCUUUCAAUUCAUCAGCGCACAGCCAGUUAUCCAGGUACGCAACAUCGAUCGGGUUCGGGCUCUCGCUUAACUGGUGCCCAAGCUGCUACGACUGAAGUCGCUGAUUGACAGGGAUCUAGGAAGGAGAGAGGGGCGACAAGAGUAGAUGGUCGCGCUGACGACCACUGGGACGAACUGCCGCAGUUCCUCACGGAAGGACAAAAGCAGACAUGUAAUACAUAAGCAGCUUACUAAGGAUGGAGCAGGUCAGACGUAGACAGCUGUUUCGCGCUCGGUACCCAUCAUCAGCAUGUCAAAGGUCAUCCGAAGUGAGGCCUAUAAACAUGUCAUGUGGGUGACCCUUGCUCGAUAGUUGAAGUACUCACACAUUAUGCCUAUGAUGCACUGAUGAUUGGCAGCGACCGUGAAACAGCUGUCCGCCUCUGGUCUGUUGCACUCUCAGUGAGCUGCUUACGUGUUAUUUGAAUUAUACGUCCUACGGCACAAUGUCCGUUGUCGUCAGUAGCAAGCUGGCGGUAGGACAGAGUGGAAUUGAAUGUGAUGCCAACCACAACAGUGAAAAGAAGACACGUAGCGACGCCGAAGGAGUUCUUGGUUUCUAUAAGAUACGAGUAAUCAUUCAGCCAGGAUAGAAAGCAUGGCAUCCACUAGGUCUGACAAAAAACAGGGUUACAGGAGGAGACAAGUCAGUAUGCGUUGCGGUGGGAGAGCUGGGGGACUGAUAAGGUGGUUUUAGUUGAUGGUAGACGACAUGGAGGGGUAGAAUGCAAACGAGAGGGAGGGGUAGAGGGCAGGUGUAGGCGAAGAGGCUAGGAUAGGAGGCCACAGGGUUCAUCCGCAGGACUGUCAGGGAUAGCAGCUUUGAGGCGGCCCACACCUACAAUCUCCCCGAGAUUUGGAUGCGCAACGUCUUUGUUCUUCUAGAGACAACCCCGAAGGGGUCGUCGCAGGGUAGUUCUAGUGGCUGGCGAACCCGGACCCAUUGGAGAAAAAAGUGAGACAAUGUCGCCAAGUCCAUCUUGAGCCUAGACUCUGAGAUCGUUGGUCCGGGUCGAACCUGGGAGAUAGUCCGCAUGUUUGUCGGACAGGCUGUGGACGGUUGGAUGAGCCGUCGACCGCGACGGAAAGAGUUGAUGAGAUCAUCUCGACAGGCCGUUAGCCAGUGGCGCCAAACAUCAGUUAAUCAGGAAAGAGCAGAUUUCCAGCAGGAGACGGUUCGUUUACUUCUCCGUAUCCUUUGCGAGGCUUAGGAAGGUCUUUAGCUGGCUGUGAAACUGGUCGACCGUCCCAUCAGCAGUUGUGCGGAUGCGGAUACGCAUACAACUUUCAAAGGGGACGAGAGGCUAUUCAUCGUGAUAGGGACGAGGACAUCAAAGAUAGCAAAGCAACGGCUGAGGAAGACUGUGACCACAGUUGCAGCAUUGUCGUCGGUCACAGCGAUAGCUCACAGCUGGAGUAACGACUGGGACCCUGUUUGUCUGCAGUUCGACUACCAGGAUGAGGAAGUUUACACAGAUUGGAGUGGGCCUUGCGGUGAGUAGACGAAUGAACAAAGGGAGGGUUGGAGGCAGCGGAAACGUUGUAGAGAAUGCUGAUGUCGCCAGUCGUCAGAGGUAAGUUCUUUUGUUGGAUUCCGCAAGCAUCCUCGUCACAUGGCGGCCUAACACAAAAAUGUUCUGGGCAAAGUUGGCUAAUCGAUAAAGUUAGUAACACAAACGCCGUAGGAGCACGUGGUUAACCUAACAUUGCCAUGGUAGCCUCUAGCUCCAUGAUUCCCCCUCUCUCCACUCAUUUUUGCUCUUAAACGUUUCCCCUUUUUUCACUUUCUUCCCCUACGGCGUUUGUGUUACUAACUUUAUCGAUUAGCCAACUUUGUCCAAAACCCUGACCUUGCUGUUUCUGCAUCGAUUUUCUGCACGAAUACAAAAAUGUUCAGCAGUCCUCUCAACGAGGCCAGUCCCCCGCAGGUGACUAAUGAAGUGUCUGGACGGUUCGUCAGCCAUUUCAUCCCUUGAAGCAUUGAUAGGGUGGAUCGCUAGGACGAUGUGGAGACAUGGUCUGUUUGGCGGAUCCCCACUUAACUGCGCACCCUUGUCGACCGGGAAGCGUUUGCCACUUUGGUUGUCGUAGACAUCUUGACCCAAAAACUUCAAGGUCAGAUUGACAAAGUUGAUGAACCAAAGAAAUAGAUGCCUCACCAAAAUGAGUUUAUUUAGGUGCUGAGGUUUUGAAGAGCUUGGUCGGCUCCCCAUUGUCAAGGCGUAAAAUGCCCUUGAUAGAUCAGAAAUUUCAAGUAGCAUGUCGCGUAGGUCGACCUCAUGCUGGUUGAUUUUUUCUUUUCCCUCGCUGCCUCGGGGUCUCAUGGGAGGGUUGGCAGGCGUUUUAUCUGCAAAGUCCUACGUCAUCACGUCUGUGGAGCUCAGGAUCAACUAAUCACACUGGGCUUAAGAAGGUCACGCACAGACAGCCCGACAACGAGUUUACUCGACGAGGAAGAAGAACCACGAGACCGACCACCCAACGAAGGUUCAAUUGUAGCAUCCCUUGAACUGAACAGGGCUGUUUGGAUGUUGUAACCCUUUUGGCGCGGACCUGAGAUGGCGAUGGUGUAACUGCGUGCUGGUGAAGACGACCGGUGUCCCUUCCCUCGCUAGCGCCGACACCCCCCCCCCACAAAGUACCGUCGUUCUCGUCGCUCGCUCUCUCUCUCUCUCUCUCGCUCAACAUUGGCUACCUCUCGGCCUUUCCCUGCAGUUGCUCACAGCGCUGCAUCCCCACCAGUCGUUUAGCUAGCAUGUCAGGGUUGCCUCUCCAUCCAGACGGGUUAUCUCAUUGCUAUUUCUCCUUCUACGUGUACAUCAACAAUUAUUAUAAGUAAUUCCUGUGCCCAUCUCGUUCCAUUAUACUUUAUCCCAUGCUUGGCUUACCUUCUUCUCCUGCGUGUGAAUGAGUAUCACGAGAUGCUAACGACUCCGUUCAGAUCGAUCUCCGCCAGGAUCUCUUCCCAGCGCUUCGUUACUCCGGUGUGUGCUACCCUUGACGUCCUCGGCCGCUACACAAUCACCUACCCCCGACGAAGUGGGGACUCAGAAUGCACACAGAUAAAAUACCCUCCAACUAUCCCCCGAGAGGCCGAGGCUACGAGAGAAGAGAUAAACCGAUCAACAUGCGGCUGACCGACGCGACAUGCACUUGAAAUUUCUGGUCGAUUAAAUGCAUUUUAGCUUUGACAGUGGGGGGCCGACCAAGCUCUCCGAAACGUCAGCACCUAAAUUAACCCGUUCUGGUGCGCCCACCUUUUUCCUCAAACUUCUAGGUUACUCGAUCUUGUCAUAAAAACUUUUGUCACAAAGGAAAAUCCCCUGCUUUCAGACGCUCUGACCUGCAGUCGCCCGACGGGAUUCACCGGGAUACAUGUACGUACAAUCUGAGUCUUAUACGCACCAAAUGAAAACAUCAACCCGCACAUCAUGCAUAAACGACGAGGUCAACUAGCUGUAUGCUUAAGAAAAGCUAUUAGGAAUGCACGGUUGAACUUUGAGUGGUUGCAAAAUAGUUGUCCUAACCCCUAACCCGAAAAUCUUACCCUAACCCCUAGCUCUAAUCCCUAACCCUAGCCCCAACCUCAACAGUGCUGUGUCCAUCAGGUGGGGCUACAUACAACCACAUCUUACCGAACUCCUAAGCUAAACAGAGAGCAAUUAAAUGAGACUGUAAUUUAGUCAACAGUCUUCAGCUCCUCAGAACUGCUCCGCAGUUCAGUACAAAGUAAGCAACCUUAAUAUUUGAGUAGGUUCGUAUCUGUAUCGACAGCUAAAACCUCCAGAUCAGGUCCCCAUUAUGAAGAGAAAAAGUCAAACAUCGAUAGGAAAAGCACUGUAUCAAUAGUAGUGAAAAUGCGAAUCCCAGGUGACAUAUCAAAAGAAGCCGAGGCAUUCAUCGGGGGUGGGGUUGUUAGCGGUCUACCGUUUCGAGUAGUUGCUUCGUCUACUCAUCUUCGGAGACAGAUAAGUCAUGCGCACAGUUCUCCUUUUUCUCCUCUUCUUUUGAGGACAUUGUGUUUUGUGAUGAACUCAUGAGGAAUUAGUCUUCAGAGCAGGUUGCAGCCGGACAUUCAAUGAGCAUUUGGUGCUCGCCGUCUUGACUGAGGACAUGCCCGCAUCAUCUUUGGCGUUGAUUGGGCAGUUUGGAUGAUUUUGAUUGGUUGACCACCGUGCAGAGCAUCACACGAGGCCUAAGAUUGUCAGACGAGGGGCUGGUGCUGGUUCAUACGGAAAAGUAAGUGCGCACCAGACGGAGACUCAGAAUUGCGGCAGACGGGGGAAGCAGGGUCCCUACAUGUCCUCGGAAUUUCAGCAGAGCGGUUUAGUUACGUUCCCCACCGCCCAAACCUAUAAGCUGAAAGAAGACCAUCAACAGACGUAUUUCGAAUGGAGGCCAGUGCUGAACUUGACAUUCCACCUCACCCGCAAGAAACAGUUGAUAAAAUGCAACAGAUCUCCAGUUGAUAAUCUCCGCGCGCCCUUGCUGCCCUAGUCGAAGUCUUCAAACGAAACGUCCCUCACCUCGUGGAGGAAGCCAACCGCGCUUUUCCAGGAGUUGUGGAAACAAGGACAAAUCCUACAGGAUUUCACGUACGGAACCAUCGAUUACAUGUGCAGACACAAAGUGAAGGGGAAGUGGGGAAGCCCACUUUUCAACAUAACUAACAAAUAUCCACCCGAACACAAGUGAGUCGAUAUUUCGAUUUCAUGUAAAUGCGGACUUUGAGAAAGCCGUACAACCACUGAUAUGGUUUUCACAGAUGCAGAACUGAGGAAAAACUGCUAGGAAUAGAGGGCCACCCUCGACGCCAACCUUCGUAUAUCAAUUCGAAGCCCCCGGUACCCCGAAAAUAGGUGGACUUCAUGAAGGUAUACUGAAAUUCCAAUGUCUCGAGGGGUUCAUGGCGGUACGUUGCGACUCCUGACUAAAAACGGAUUAACACCUGAAGCUUCUGAGUUGACCAAGGGGAUAAGGCUGAGCCAUGUCUCCGCCGCAAACUUCUUUCGCUUCAUCUGUUGCACAGAGAAAAGGGCGGUUGGACUUGACGGCGACAAAAUACUGAACCGAUGGCAAUCUCUUCAAGAAACGUCAUGCGCUGAUCGUUGCAGAUACCUCGUAUCCUGCGUGGACCAUACAUGUCGUGCUAAAGCAGGUCCAGCCACAAUUCGACGGUCAUAAGACAAGGAUGGACAAUGAGCGUGUGAGAAGGCAAUUUUUCUGCAUGCACGGCGCUGCAGGUACUCGUGAACAGAGCGAUAGAAAUGACAAAACAGGGACAAAUGAAAGACCUGCCUUAAGAGCCUUCGAGUUCAACCAUUUAGAGGAAGCCAAUGUAAGAAGGCGAAAAUGCGAGACUGCAACGUUGUGGGUUGACGCUGCCAACUCCCAGUAGCUCCGAAUACGUCCGUACUAUCACUGUAACGUCAGCCUGAGGUCGGAUAUAGCCAGCCGAUGACGGCUAACUAGCCAUAAAUGGUCUCUUCUAGUUCCGCAGUCAAAGAAUGUCUCGCCAGUGCAUGCCGUGUCAAAUUGUAUUUUUGAAUUCACAUGCAUUUGCGGAUGCAUGUACAUUGGACAAAAGCAGAGGCAGUUGGCAGCCAGGUCUAUUAGGCACCUGCCCAGGCGGUUUCUAAAGCAAAAAAAACAAGAUCCAGCGUACCUUCACUAUUAGAUACCUGCUCAGUGGUGGUCACCCUGUUGACCCUAAAACGAACAACUCGGACCUUACGUUACUUUGGAUUCGGCCUAUAUACGGCGGGUAAAAACAGACCUAUGUGAACAGCUGGAACAUGUGGUCAGCCUAACCUUGUCGUGGUAACCUCUGGCUCCUUUAUUUUCACAUUUUUCCUUCACUUUUUGCUAGUUAGCGUUUCCCCACUGUCCUUCCCAUAGUGUGUUUAAGUUACUAAUUUUGUUGCCUAGCCUGCACUACCCUAAACCAUUACCUUGCUAUUUUGCAUCGAUUUUUUGCACGAAUUUAAACUGCUGUAUUCUUGUCGAUCGUUAUUUACGUUAUGAAGUGACAGAACGCAGCUGAUGAGCCGUCGCCCAGUUUGUUGGUACCAAUAGAUCCUGCUUUGCACGCCUGCUUCAGCCCUUGUCUUAGCUGGUGAUGUCAUUGUGCGUUCGAUGCCUUUUUGAGCGCCUUGGUACUCACCACACUAGAGCCACGAUAAGUCAGCCCUCUGAGAACAAAACAUCACUAAUGUAACUGCUAAAUACAAUUGACCUCUGCUUAUUCCUGGCAUACUAUUCGCGGACUCCUUCUUUUGCAGAACAUGUCUAAAAUGCUCGCUGAUUAUUUUUUUAUCUAUUUUCAUGACUAAACGCAUCUUCUAUGACAGAAAAAGAUUUACCAACUUCCAACUACUGUUACUAACAAAUACACGUCAAAUAAUAUUGAAGAGUUCUACGAUGGCUGUGCUUGAUGUUUGAGAUUUAAAAUAGGCAGUUAUCGGCGUUUUUAGACGUGUCUCAGUUAUUUGCGGAUUUCAGCUAGUAGCGGGUAUCUCUGGGCCCUAACGCUGUGGUAUCUGUGGUCCCUACCUACGAUUUACCUCCUUCGUAUUUCCUCAGACCCAAAACACCUUACCGUUUUGAAUAACCAAUAGCAGGCUGUCUCGUAGGCAAUACAAGCGAAAAUGAGAAUCUCAGGAAACAGUUACGAAGAAGGCGCAAUCACUGGAACAACACUUCUGUCCGUACGAUGUUUCGCUUUUACGCUCAGAUCUUUAAUCUGUAAGGGAAACUGGUAAGGGUACUGUUUGCGUCACAGGCUGCAGUCGAGAUGUCAUUCCAUGCCUACCAUGGUUAUCGCAGCUGGUUGCUCUUGGCGGGAUGAUUACAUGGAUGCCUGAGGCAGAGUCUUGAAUUGCCAUCAUUUCAUCACUCGUGUUGGCCAGUAGUGCGAUAAUAACUUGGCCGUUUGCUUCCCCGAGGCUGGGACUGAUGAUGAUGAUGAUGAUGAUGAUGAUGAUGAUGAUGAUGAUGAUGAUGAUGAUGAUGAUGAUGAUGAUGGCGGCAAUCAUGUUGGGGGUGGGCGGAGGAGGGAGGGAGAGGGAGGAGGGGGAAUAGAGCGGAAGAGGAGGAAAAGGAAGAGGAUGUUGUCAAGAUGGGGACUCCACUAGCGGUGAGGAAUCCAUAUCUGCUUGUCCCUAUUAGGACUGCAUAUUCCUAUCCUGCAUCGACGCGACCGGAGACCCAGUGCCGGGGUUCCUUCUGCCGUCCUCGUCCACACACCAACCGCACUAUCUGUCAGCGUUUAUUUGGUUAUAUAUGCAUACACUACAGCCAAAUCUCACCCACACAUUAAUCCACUGAGACGCACGCGGUAGAUGAGGACUCUACGUCAAAUCAGUCACCGUGCUGCUCUGUAUCACUAACAGUCAGCCAGAGGGGUUCAACUGACCCCUAGCUUGUGGGAGAGGGAAGGUGGAAUGCGGUCUAUCCAGCACUCGAUUUCACUUGAUAAUUAAAUUUGCUACGAGAAUCCUGCAACAGGGCAGUAGUCCUGGCUUAGAAGGUUGCCAGCUGACGGAAAACGGCCUCUACUUAAGCCUGUGAGUUUGUGGUGCGUUGCCGGACUAACUUAAAGUUGAAAAUUUAGUCCCGUUUUCUUUGCCCGGAUUGCUUGUUUGAAUGUGACGAAAAAGAACACACCUGUACAAUCCGAUUUGCUGGCCUGCUUGGCUGGGCAGUGAACUGCCUCACAGAGUUGCGGAUCUUCACCUGCCCACCCGACGUUCUUAUUGGUUCUCAGUCAGUUUUUUGAUUGGUUAGGGCCCAUCAGCUGAUUGGUUGGAGUCAGUCUGUUGCGACCGAGCGAGGGACGGAUAUCGGAUCACGGGUUAUGAAGGACGGGGAUGAUGCGUGGAGCCCGCGACUACACAGCCCUCACUGCUUCAUGCGCAUACGGUGGCUGGGCUCCUAUUGUGCAACAGUGGUGCACCUUGUCCCUUGUAAUGGCCAAAACGGCAGCUGCUACUUUUCGGCGAUAUGCAUGCUGAAGUUAGGAGGUCGAACACGUCAGCUAACUUCAGCCAUGGUUAAAUAUCCCAUUAAAAACGGUCAAGGAUAUAAUGGUGCUGCCGGCGGACAAAGGAAGACCAACCGCUGUGUUGAACCGCGUCGACUACAACGGAAAGACACAAGCCUUCCUCGACGACCAACAGUUCUACCAAUCCACGCCUUCCUCACGAGCCAAAUCGAUGAUCAAUCAGCUAACUGGACUCUUGAACCGACCCAGGCGCAACAGUACGAUAUCGCUAGACGAAUGGCGACAGAUGAAACCAACGGACACGUCACUGGCUCGAUUUUAUGGUUUACCUAAAAUCCACCAUUCCAAUGUUUACCUUCUUGACCCAUCGUUGCCUUGAAAGACAGCCCUACUUACAAUCUAUCCAAAUGGAUGGCCCAUAAACUUAACUUAUUCCUAGAGGGAUCGAUAACCUCCAUCAAUUCGGCCUCCCAAUUCCUGGUCGACAGCCAAGGAAAAACUGUGCUACCCGAUUAACCUAUGGUGUUCUUUGACGUAAUUUCACUAUUCACAUCCAUCCAACCGGACCUAGCACGCGACCAUCUACGCAAAUGGCUCGAAGGAAACUACGACGAAACGAGCAGACAUUUAGAAAUCGACCAUCUAUUGCAACUCUUUGCUUUCUGCCAACAAACCUUUUUCAGCUUCAAUGGCAGAACAUACAAGCAGAUCAAAGGAACACUGAUGGGUUCGCCAAUAUCCAGCCUGGUUGCGGAACUAGUCUUACAGGAGCUGGAAAAGUCGUCUUUGACCACUGUGAACAUGCAUUUUGGCGCCGGUACGUGGACGACGCGUUCGUUAUAAUUGAAAGAAGCAGACCAGCAGCCUUUCAAGACCUUCUUAACGACAUCCUCCCCGACAUUCAGUUCACGAGGGGAAAAGAGCAUGCCGAACAGCUAUCCUUCCUUGACGUUAUCGUCACACGCACACCCAACGGAGAACGCAGCACCACGAUGUACAGAAAGGCGACUAACACGACUCAGAUUCUCAACUAUCAUAGUAACCACCCAAUGACGCAUAAACGCAGCUGUGUUCGGACACUCUUCCAACGGGUAAACACGCACUACAGUGAGCCAGAGGGACGAAUACGAGAACUGCGGCAUCUUCGGGACGAAAUGGCAAGGAAGGGCACCCCCCACCAUAUAUAAAGAAUGCGUCCAAAGCGAUGGGACGUAUCGCUGGAGAGCUCGACGUGGGUAUCGCUCACCAUCCGACAGCGACCAUGCGCAACAAAAUCGUGCGAGUGAAGGAGCGACUAGACGUGGGAGAACAGUCAGGUGUCGUGUAUCAGAUCCCAUGUCGGGACUGCCCUCACCACUACACAGGACAGACCGGAUGGCGACUUAGCUCACGAAUAAUGGAGCCUAAGCUGGCGGUCCGGAGAGGCGACCCGUUGUCUCGGGUCGCUACUCACAUCCUAGAGGAAGGCCACAAAUUCAAAUUCGCGAGCAGCGCGUGCCAGCAAUAAGACAGGGCGAGGACUGCUGGAGACCUGGGCGUCUGGCACCAACUACACCAACAGACACGUUGAUAUGCCCCCACGCUAUCACGCGCUCCGUUCACGCGGUCAAGAGGCGAAGCCAAAUUCCUAGCCAAGGGUUUAUGCACUAAUGCCGCCUGACGGCGGCGUGGGACUCAGCUUAUCGUGAACACUACCCCCUGCACUCCUAUCCCCCUUUAGAGCUUACAUUCAAAAACUGCUCAUUUAACUUUGAAUUCUCUCAGUCUCCGACGAUGGUCUGUUGUACGAGAUCGAAAACUCAGACGAAUACACCUACUGCCCCAGUGAUCGCGCGUUCAUCUUCUUUGCAACCGUAAAUGAUUGA